UUUAAUUGAUCUUUUACUGUCAUAAUCUGGUAUCUACCAUGUUAGAGUCAUGUACAAAAUGUGAACCGCAAUGAAAAUAGUUCAAAUGUAUUUCCUCAGAAUAUUCAGGAAAAGAGAUUUUCCAGGUGAAGUACUCAAAAAUUAUUUAAGUAAUAUUAAAAAUCUGAGUACACUAUAAAUUAAUGCAAUGCUAUUCCAUUUCAUUUUUUUCACAAAUUCCCAAGCAAAGGCCAGAGAUUUAUGUUUUUUUCUGUCAUUGUGUUCUGAUUCCCUGUGAAGUACCAUUUCACAGUGAUGGAAUGAAAGGCAUAAAAAUAUUUUUAAUGAAUACAAAAAUACACAAAUGUAAGAAGCAUCAAGUAAAAAGAUGAUGCAAACAGCCAAAAGUUACCACAUAAAACAAAAUCAUGAGUAACAUGCUAAAGACAUUGAAGUACAGUUGGACGCCAUACAUUGGACUUUGAUCAGCUCUUGUGAAGACAGUGUAGGCUUCCCACCCUGUCUCAAAAACUGAAGCUAAACAAAGAAUUCCCACCUCCUGCGUGACAUAUUUGACACCCUGCACAUUCCACAGGCUUGAAGCAAAACAUCACUGUCAACCAACUGUAGACACAACAGUUUCUCAGGAAAGACUGUGCAUGAAUGUUACUGAUUGUCUGUUAGUCUCGUCUAGGUCUGUACAACCCACUAAACUAGAAUAUACUAAUAUCUUUAAAGUGCCCAAGGUGCCCAAGAAAGCCGCUCUGGAAGAGCCCGUGCCAGUAGCUGUGCCAAAAAAGCCAGAACCAGCACCAGCCCAAGCGCCUGAAGUGCCCAGGAAAGCUGCUCGAGAAGAAAAAGUACCUGUGGUCACUGCCAAAGCACCUGAGCCUCCAGCAGCCAGAGUGCCUGUGAUGCCGGAGGCAGAGGUCCUGGAAGAGGAAGAGGAAGAAGAAGCACCGGAAGAGGCAGUACCAGUGGCAGAGCCUGAAGAGCCAGAAGCUGCUCCAGCUGAAGUGCCUGAGGUGGUUGAGGAGGAGGAGCCAAAAGAAGAGGUUCCAGUGGUUGUUCCCAAGAAGCCUGAGGCGGUGAUCAAGAAGCCUGUGCCAGUGCCUAAGAAACCAGAAGCUCCUGCAGCUAAAGGUAUUUUUCUGGGGAGUUAUGCUUUUUAUCUUAAUGUCUUGAUUAAUUCAUUUAUUUGUUGCUUCCAUUUUUUUGGGUUAAGAUUUCUUGUGUCUCCCCCCUUGCCCUCUCUGUGCAUUAAAAUGCAUAUGUGACUAACUUACAGCCUCUUUAGGAGUGUUUCAGUGUUAGAAGUACCUAAACUCUUCGACUUUGUCAUCAGAUUCUUGAUCUCUUUUAUUAUUCAUAACUACAUCGUUAAGUGGAAAUAAUAUCUUUAAAGUGCUUAAGGUGCCCAAGAAAGCUGUCCCACAAGAAAAAGAGCCUGGUGCCGAACCCAAAAAACAGGAAUUAUUUCCAGGCAAAGGUAUGUGUCAUCAUUAGAGUGUCAUCAUAGAAAGAAAUAUCAUACUCUUCUGGACUUAAAUUGAACUAAUUUAUGAAUCAUAAUCUGAGAUAUAUGUCUAAACAAUAUGAAGUUGAAUGUGGGGUGUUAAAAAUGAGUCAGAUAAGUUAAAUCUAGGUCUUCUAAAAUACUGACAACUUCCUGACCUUUCUGUGAUCUUUGGAAAUUAAGAUUUACAAAAUGCUUACUUUAAAGAGAAUAGUAUACUGUUCAGAAGAACAACCUGCAGAUACAUCUUCAUUGUAAAACACAUAAUGAAGCACCCUUAUGUUUUUUAGUUAUCUUUAUUCAUUUGUGAAUGCAACAGAAUCAGUUCCCUAACUCUUUAAAAGUGAGUAGUUAAUGAUGGUAAACUGGUGGUGGAUUUAUUAGCCAAACAUUGAAAAUACUUGGUGAUUAUACAAUUAGCACUUAAAAGGCUGUUAAGAUGAGCCAAAAGAGUGAAGAGAAAAUGAAUAUUUCUGUAGGUAAUGAGAUCUGCAAAUAAGAAAGAAAUUGUGGAGAACUGAAAAUUAAACAGAUGUGCAAAGAAUAAAAGUAACAGGACAAAAAAAGUAAAUGUUAAAUAAAAUUUAAGUUUCAUAAAAAAUUAUUACAGUUGAUCAAACAAACAUGAAUGUCACGCUAAAGAAAUUGAAGUGCACACAUUCUCCAUACAUUGGACCUUGAUCAGCUCUUGUGAAGACAGUGUAGGCUUCCCACCCUGUCUCAAAAACUGAAGCUAAACAAAGAAUUCCCACCUCCUGCGUGACAUGUUUGACACCCUGCACAUUCCACAGGCUUGAAGCAAAACAUCACUGUCAACCAACUGUAGACACAACAGUUUCUCAGGAAAGACUG